UGCAUGGGGCGGGGUGAGGCCCUACAUGUAAGGCGAGCCCGGGGCCACCGUCUCUUCCCUGCCCUGCCCUUCACAGCUGCAGAAGGACCCGGCCACAGCCUCCAUUGUUCCCCGUCGCUCUCAAAACUUUCCCGAAAGACCAGGCCAUCUGUCCACCUGCACACGUGUGAACUUAAGUCUUUCCUUUGUGAGGAGCCUCAGCUGAGGGAGGCAGGAAGCUGGUUUUUUCCAGGAGGCGGGCAGUGUUCACUGGCCUCCUAAGCUGCUCCAAGGUUGGAUCCCGGUUGGGGUCAGGCUGGGCACCCAGGCCGCUCACCACAGGCUCAGAGGCCCAGCGCUGUCUCGGCCUCGGACCUCACGGCCAGCAGCAGCCAGAAGCCCAGGGCCACGGAGCAGUGGGGCGGGCAGACAGACCCACCUGUGACCUGGCCGGUGACCCACCGCCUGCCUGCCAGGAAGCGGCCCGAGGACACACCGUCCUAAGCUCCUGGACUCCAAAGACGGGCCAAGAGCCCAGAGCUGGCUUAGGGCUGGGCAGACAGCCUGUCUCCGCUGUGCAGCCCAGCGCAUCAGGGCAGCCCCCACCUGCAGGUUCUGGGGCUUCGGACAUGGACACAUUUGGGGGGACACCAUCCAGCCCUGCAAGAAGCAAGUGAAGGCACCCUAAGCAGAGACGCCCUUGACCCACACAAGACGCUGGAGGGUGGCGAGGCCACGUGGCUGGACGGUGGACACCACAUGAGAGGCUGUGGUUCGCCAGGGCCUGCCUUCCAUCCUGUACCGGGGUGCCGCUUCCUGCCAGUCUUUUUACCUGACCAGGGCACCAGGCCCCACGGUCACCGCAGAGACAGGAGCCAGCCACAAGCAGAGGCCCAAGUCCAGGACCCCGGGAGGCACCCCUCCCUGAGGCUAGGACCGAGGACUGCCCAAAGGUCCCACAGAGGGGUGGGGGUGGUGUCUUCCCAGAGCUGCCCCCGCCCUUGUGCGCCCACACCUGCAGCCCGCAGCCGCACCCGCUUCAUCUACCGUCGGGGACCACCCACUAGGACCCACGUCAGCAGGAAGAGGGGCAAGUGGUCCAGGAUUGCAAGGGUCCGGCGGAGCCACACCCGGGUGCCAGGCUGGGCCCACAAAAGACCGAUGGGGAGCAGCCAAGAGGAGCAGCCCCUGCACCGGCCAAGCCAGUCGGGCCAAGACGCAGACCUCCUGGACGCUGCUGACACCGCCAGGCCUCAGGCCUCUCUCCUGGAGGGGCACCUGCCAGAGGGGGAGAGGCAGCUGCACGGCAGCGGGCAAGGGCCCUACUUCUACAUCGGAGGCACCAACGGGGCCUCCAUAAUCAGCUCCUACUGCAAGGGCAAGGGCUGGCAGCGCAUUGAGGACAGCCGGCGGGAGGACUACAAGCUGAAGUGGUGCGAGGUCAAGUGCAGAGACAGCUACUACAGCUUCCGGGAAGGCGAACAGCUGCUCUACCAGCUCCCCAACAACAAGCUCCUCACCACCAAGAUUGGGCUGCUCAGUGCCCUGAGGGAGUACUCGAGGGUCGUGAGCAGGACCCACAAGACAUCACCGUGUGCCCAGGCCAAAUCCAGAAAGGACACAACCUCCGCCCUUGAGGAGCUCACGUGGACCAGCCCAGGAUGCUUUGGGCCACAGAGAGUCCUGAAAAUGGAAGAAUUUUUCCCAGAGACCUACCGUCUGGACAUCAGGGACGAGAGAGAGGCUUUCUUCACUCUCUUUGAUGAAAAUCAGACGUGGAUCUGCAAGCCCACGGCCUCCAACCAGGGCAAAGGCAUCUUCCUGCUCAGGAACCAGGAGGAAGUCGCCGCCCUGCAAGUCAAGACCCAGAGCAUCGAGGACGACCCCAUCUACCGCAAGAUGCCGUUCCGGGCGCCUCAGGCGCGGGUCGUGCAGAGGUACAUCCAGAACCCACUGCUACUGGAUGGGAAGAAGUUUGACGUGCGUUCCUACCUGCUCAUCGCCUGUGCCACGCCGUACAUGGUCUUCUUUGGUCACGGCUAUGCCCGCCUCACUCUCAGCCUUUAUGACCCCCAUUCCAGCGACCUCAGUGGCCACUUGACCAACCAGUUCAUGCAGAAGAAGAGCCCCCUGUACAUGCUGCUCAAGGAGGACACGGUAUGGAGCAUGGACCACCUCAACCGCUACAUCAACGACAAAUUCCGGAAGACCAAGGGACUCCCUAGGGACUGGGUCUUUACUACCUUUACGAAGCGGAUGCAGCAGAUCAUGGCUCACUGCUUCCAGGCUGUCAAGUCCAAGCUCCAGUGCAAGCUGGGCUACUUCGACCUCAUUGGCUGUGACUUCCUGAUCGACGAAAACUUCAAGGUGUGGCUGCUGGAGAUGAACUCCAACCCCGCCCUGCACACCAACUGUGAAGUCCUGAAGGAGGUGAUCCCGGGCGUGGUCACGGAAACCCUGGACCUGGCGCUCGAGACCUUCCAGAAGAGCCUGCGCGGCCAGAAGAUGCUGCCUCUGCUGUCCCAGCGCCACUUCGUGCUCCUGCACGACGGCGAGGCCGACCUCUGGCCGCGCCCCGGGGGCUCCCGAGGCGCCCUGCGCCCGCCGCCCCCGCUCCGCGCCGCCCCGCGGCCAGGCGCGCGCACGCCCGCACCCCCCCGGGGGCCCGGCGGCGCGCACGCGCGGCCCCGACUCCCGGGCCGCGGCCCCGACGGCAGCACCCAGAGCCGGGAGCCCGGGGCCGAGCGGCCGCGAGAGGGAGCAGGGGGCCCGGCGCGGGAGCCGUCCCCCGGGCUGGCGGAGGAGGAGCGCAAGAACGCGGGCCAUCGCGGCUCCUAGCGGGCGGGCCAGCGGCGCCCUCUGGGACCUAUAAAGGCUACUUUGUUACCAACGGCCCGUGCUGCGGGUCAGGUGGCCCCAGGCCUCCCCGACGCUCGCCCCCCAAGGCGCUCUCAUGGGGGCUUCUCUGCCGCAUUUCUGGGCCCUGUGCUUGGAGGCCGAGGGUGGAGGGAUGCGGGGGUGUUGUCCUACUGGAAGGGGGAUGAGCUCCCCACAGCCUCCUGCUCUGCCCUGGGGGCGGGGGGGGGGGGGGGCUGCCUCUGUCGCGGGGAAGCCCGCAGGUCCAGGGCUCCUCCACAUCACCCUGUGUCCCUCACAGACCAGGACUUUCCCGAAGUCCCACAACCCGCAUGAGCCCUACGGCCUGGCUCUGUGAUCCCCAGGAAAGGAUCCGGAUCCCCAAGCAAAGGAGGGCUUGCUCAAAGCCGAGAUCGUUCCACAGAGGCGGCCCCAAGGGGGCCUGCCCAGGCACAGCUCCUUUCUGGGCCAACAAGGUACCCGGGCUCUGCCCUGUCCACCACCUCCACGGGCCCUAACUUCCCUGCAGGCCUGGAGCUGCAGAGGCCCAGAGGACAAGGUCGUGGGGGAGGGGGCACAGCCAUGGCAGGACAGCCCUGAAGGACGUGCUGAGCCGGCACUGGCCCUACCCCGGCCAGUCCAUGAAUGGCCUCAGGUGUUCCGCUUCCCCAUGGACCCAGACCUCAGGUUGGGGCGGGGGGGGGGGGGGGGGGGUAUUCAGGGCCUCUGAUGUGUCCAAGCCCCCUACGACCACCGAGUGUCCAGGUCCAGCCAUAAUCCCCUCUCCACCCCCGUCCCCCAGCCACUCGCACCCUCUCCAGUCCAGAUCUCAGGGUCGGGGCAGCCCCACCCCGGCUUGCACACCUCCUCGCUGCUCCCUCUCACGCACCCUGCCCUCACCUCUCCAUGGUUACCACCAAGUCCCAAAGGCCCUCCUCCUGACCCGCGGGGUCAGGGACUGCUGGAACCCAUUCUCGCCUCUGCAUUGGGGUGCUGGUGGGACCUGGGGUCAACAGGGGUCUGCGGGCCAGCCUCCGCUCCCUCCCGAGGAGGGCGCGUCCAUUCCCAGGGAAGGGAAGCUGCAGAACCACUAGAGGGCGCUGUGCACCGCUGUGUCUCAGGCCAGGGAGCUGAGAAAAGCCAGCCCGGUCUGGCCAGUCACACACAGCCCACCCACCGCACCCCUGCUCUCCCACUGCACCCUGCCGCACCCCCUCAUCUUGCUGCUGUGCCCUGGAUUACAGGGUCCCCAGACAAAAGUCAAGAAGCACACACUUGUCCCCAUGUGCCUGGGGUCCAGGAACCCUAACUCCCCCUCCCAGCUUGUCUGAUGGUCACUCUGUGAGGGGCCAAGCUCAGCCUACUGCCUGCUGUGGCCCCAAGGCCGGGAGGCAAGAAAACCUGCCUCUGUGUGGGGGUGGGAGUGCAGUGACCUCCUGGGUGGGCUGAGUACACCCAGGUCUUUGGGGUCAGGGCCAUGUCCCCUGCUAGCAUCCAGGCCACUACACGGCACAGCCAUGUCACUGCAGAGUCCCUUCCUGAUACCCCCUGGGGCCUCUGUACCUCAUGUCCCAGCUCACAGGUCUCUCCCACCCCUUCCUUGCAUGAAUGGCAUCCGCCCUGCAAGCUCACAGGUCCUCUGCCCCCCACAUCGUGCCGUGGUUCUCCGUGUGGCCCGACACUGCUAUCCCAGAGCAUUCCCACGCUCCUCAGCCGCCACACUGGGGCUGCCUCGCUUGCCAGCAUGGCAUUCAGAGUGACCUGAGGCCUCCGUGACAUGCUUGCUUCCCUGGCCCUGAGUGGGGGCAAAGUGAAGGGAAGUGCACAUUGGCAGAAUGGCCUGCCCUGUGUGGACCGAGCCCCCUCCUCGGGCUUCCCCAAAGGCCCGACCCCCUGCUGCUCUGGGGUCCCUGGCACCCCCACAAGAGCCCAAAUGUCAAUAAAGAGACUUUCUCAAGAA